UCUUUACAGAAAUCGCAGGCACCCAUCAGUUUAACUCUGGAAGCAACCUCCGCUCUGUGUCUGCACUCCAUGUCUUCUUCUCUGCUUCUAUCUCGGCUUCCUGGUCCGGCCACCGCCGGGAACAACCGCGACUUAUGUUCUUCUAUAAGCCUCCACAAAUCCACUUUUCUCUCCUCCCAAAACCUCAUAUUCGCACCUUCUGGUCCCAGCCCUAGAGCAAAAAACGGUGUGAGAGGAGGAUGUCCCUACAGGUCUCCCGUAGCUUCUUCUAAGUCUCUCGACCACAUACCUAAACAAUUCCGAGAGGAGAAUCUCAAAGAAGGGUUGAUGGAAAACUAUAAAAAUGUGCCUCAGACUCUCUAUGGCCUUACUCCAUCACAGAUGGAUUUGUUCCUGAAAGAAGAUAGCCAUGUGCAUAGGCAAUCUGAAAGUGUCACUGAGGAAAGCAUAUCAUCAAGACACAAUUAUCUGAACAAUGGUGGGAUGUGGACUAUGUCAAGCAUGAAUGGAAAGCGUCCUUCAAAAAUGUCCUACAGCAUGUAUUAUGGAGGGGCAAGGGGAUAUGGUGGAAGGCCUAGAUCUGCUCCUCCUGAUUUGCCUUCUUUGCUUCUAGAUGCUCGAAUUGUGUAUCUGGGCAUGCCAAUUGUACCAGCGGUUAGUGAGCUUCUUGUUGCUCAAUUUUUGUGGUUGGAUUAUGAUAAUCCUACAAAGCCUAUAUAUCUCUACAUAAAUUCACAUGGCACCCAGAAUGAGAAGAAGGAGUUGGUUGGUUCUGAAACAGAUGCAUAUGCCAUUGCUGAUGCCAUGCGUUUAAGCAAACCAGAUGUUUGUACAGUGAAUGUUGGUAAGGCAUAUGGUCAGGCAGGAAUGCUUCUGUCACUUGGGAAGAAAGGCUUCCGAGCUUUACAAGCAAGUGCAUCCACAAAAUUAUAUCUACCUGAUGUUUACAAAUCAAGUGGACCUGUGACUGAAAUGUGGAUUAAGGCAAAAGAGCUUGAAGCAAACAAAGACUAUUACCUCGAGCUAUUGUCCAAAGGGAUUGGUAAACCAAAGGAAGAAAUUGAGAGAGAUAUUCAACGUCCUGCAUAUUUCACAGUACAAGAGGCCAUUGACUAUGGCAUUGCAGACAAGAUUAUUGAUCCAAAAGAUUCUAUAUUUGAGAAACGGGAUUACGAAGGCAUGCUUGCCCAAUCAAGAGCAAUGAGGAGAGCAGCUGGAUCAGGCGCACAAGCGGCUGCUGGCUCUGGGUUUAGGUAGGUAACUCACGGUGUCCAAAUUUGAAGAAUGAAAACUUCUGGUUACCUUUGAAAUAUGGUCUUUCAAGUAUCUGGUGUAGAGGCAGGCACUUUCAAUUGUACUGUAUUAAAAUUUCUGUAAUCACCAGUUCACAAGUUUAAGUAGUGCCCUGAUACUUAUACAAGAUUGUACUUUAAAAAAGUAUUGUGAAUUGAUGCCCAGCUACUUUGCUUUGCUAUUGUGAAAACUAUUAACUAUGUGUUCUCUGA